AAAAGAUUUCCCAUUUCAGUUCACCUAUUUAAGCUCUAAUGAAAGGUUUGAUUAUUAAGCUUGAUUGCUUUUUUUUCUCAUAAUAUUAAUCCGUUUACAUCAAUAAGAUUACUCACGUGAGUACCCUGUUGCAGAAUUUGCCUCUAGUACUGUGAUUGCCUAGGGGGAAGUACAAGGAAGUUGCAAUUAAAGUUACAGAAGGAAAAGGAGGUCUGACCUUUUCUUUUCUUUCCCUUUCCUUUCUUUUUUCUUUUCUUUUCUUUUAAAGUAUGCCUGCUGUUUCAUUGACAAAUGACAAUAGCUUUUGCACUAUUAAGUGCUACUAGCAAGAUAACAAAACUGCUUUUAUUUAAAAAGAAACAAAAGCUACAUGCUAAAUCUUUGUUGUAAAAGGUAAAAAGAGGUGGAUGUCUGAUUAGGGGUUGUAACUGCAAGGUACCUUAGGCUUUCUUUACGUGCAUCACAUUAGUGGAAAAUUCCUUUGUUCAUUUUAGAAGAUAAACAGUUGUAAAUUUCACGUUUGGUUGAUGUGACAUCAAUGACUGGCUGGGACUGCCAGCAUUCCAAAAGGGAUAUCAUCCUAAUCUGCAGCCACUCAGGGCCAUGGGGCGGAGCCUGCAGUCCAAGCCAAAACACUUACAGGUGCAUAAGUAAGUAGGGAAGGGCACAGGUGAUGCACCUGUCUCAGGAAAGGAGCACUAGCACAGGUGUGUCAUAACUUAUCAGCUGCCUGUGUUAGAGCAUGAGCUCCUUUGAUCCACAAACGCACUCUCCACCACGCUGCAGCCCACAGUUUCCAAAUAUUGGUCAAGAACCUCCAGAAAUGAAUAUCUACUACGAGAACUUCUUCCAUCCACAGAAUAUUCCUAGUCCGCAGCGACCGAGCACCUUUGAGACAACGGACUACAACAGCACACCCAAUCCUUACCUCUGGCUGAACGGACCUUCCAUUACUCCACCGCCGUAUCUCCCAGGAUCCAAUGCCAGUCCCUUCAUUCCUCAGUCUUAUGGGAUGCAAAGGCAGCUCCUGCCAAACAUGCACGGCUUGGGAGGAACUGAUCUUGGCUGGCUUCCUCUUCCAUCCCAAGAAGAGCUUAUGAAGUUGGUUAGACCACCUUACUCCUACUCUGCGCUUAUUGCCAUGGCUAUCCAUGGAGCACCAGAAAAGAGGUUGACUCUCAGUCAGAUCUACCAGUACGUGGCUGACAACUUCCCAUUUUACAACAAAAGCAAAGCUGGAUGGCAGAACUCAAUUCGGCACAACCUGUCUCUCAAUGAUUGCUUCAAGAAGGUGCCUAGAGAUGAAGAUGAUCCAGGCAAAGGGAAUUACUGGACUCUGGACCCAAACUGUGAAAAGAUGUUUGACAAUGGCAACUUUCGCAGGAAGAGGAAAAGGAAAUCUGAUAUUGGGGCUAGUUCUGCCCAUCUUACAUCUGAGAAAUCCGAGGACAGUUCCUUGACUGGCAGCCCCAAAGCUGUAGAGCAUCAGGAUCUUUUGGAAAACUCAUCAUCUGGGACUGACAACCUACCCGAUAAAGGAUCUCCGCCUCCAUCUUCCAGCAGUCCAUGCCUUAAUAAUUUCAUUUCCAGUAUGACUGCAUACGUUAACGGCUCUAAUUCAGUGGGCCGCUCAGUGCCACUGGGACUUAAUGCUGAACCCACUGACAAAAUGGGACAGAAUAUGGUAGGCUUAAAUUCCUACUCUCCACUCUCUAACGUCCCCAGUCAUGCUGUGGGAGAGUGGUCCAAUUCUAUGCCUCCCAGUCACCUCGGCUAUGGCAACUCAGUGCUCAACCAGUUUAACACCCAUUUUUACAGCAGUAUCAGCACAAAUAACACUCUGUUUUCCAGGGAGGGGACAGAGGUUUAAAUAAGAGAUCUUAAGACAUCAAUAUAUAGCUAUUUAUGACAGGGAGUGACCGGUGGGUGGGUGAUUACUGUUAGUCUGUUGUCUCUAGGACCUGCAUUGUGUCCUACCUUCUGAGAGCCCCAAACAUUUUAGCUGUUAUCCUUACUCAAGUCACAAGCACUCCACAUUGGCAGCUCCAUAUAAAAAUGGAGGGAUUUUAAUAGCAAGAAUAGUGAAGAGGUCUGCUGGAGAUUGUGUAUGUACUGCUGCCAACCAUGGUCCCCUAUGGACAUCCUUGAGAGGAAUUACUGUUUACCUUAGGAAUGAAACUUUCUGGCAAGGUACUGAUUUUGCUGUGAUGCUUUUUAAAGCACUAAUAUGCAUUUGGCAAUAUCUGUAAAUUACCUCUCUUGCUUAUAUAAGAGAUUAUUGGUAAAUUCUUAUUUGGACAAAGCUAUUCUGAGACACUGAAGGAUCCACAGCAAAAUAGUGAGUAAUAACUAGCAGGGAUGAGUGAAUGCCAUCUUUAAAUUUCUCUAGUACUAGAGCAUACGUUGCCUCAACUCUGAUGCUGUUUCACCCCUAAGGGGAAUGUGGUUGUGAAGCAGGCUAGCAUAAUCAGGGACACAACAUUCAUUUUGAAACUGAAACAAAGCAUAACAAAAUAUAAUGGAGUUGCCUUCUGCUGGUGCAAUUGGAUCUUUGUGUUUUAAAUUCUGAGUAUGGGGUCAAAUUUUGUGGAAAAUGUCUCUGUACUAUAUAUUUUCUUUCUUUUUGUUACGAAGUCCAUGCAAUUGUUUUGUCAUUGUGUAAAUAUUAGGAAUAAUUCUUAUUUUUUUAUAUUCUACUGUAACCACAAACAAAAAUUAAAAUAAAUGAAGUUUUUUCAAACCAAUAAUUGAAUCAAGUUUCAUAUUUAUGUAAAAUAAUACCUCAGACUGUAGAGCCUGCAACAUAUGUAGGUACCAUGUUUUACUGGUAUUUGCUUUUACACUGCUGUGCACUGAUCAGACUUCCAGAAUGAUGGAAAACAUAUUAAUGCACUGUAAUAGCUACUGCUUUGUCUUGAUUUAUUUUUUUUUAAACUCUAGAUGGAUACAGUUUUGUUACAGGCCAUCCCAGAAACAUUUUUAAUAAAGAAUUUGUAUAUAAAAAUGUGUGUGUACUA